UCAAAAAUUCAAAACGAGUCGCCUUCCACUUCGCUCUCCGUCUCUUCUCCUUCCCUCUCCAAGACCGCGAAGAAGUCAGGAGGCGCAGGGGACGUAAAGCAUUUACAGAGCUUUUCAGCGAUGGGGGAUUGGGGACCGGUAAUCAUAGCGGUGGUGCUGUUCGUGCUGCUCAGCCCGGGGCUGCUGUUCCAGAUCCCGGGGCGCCACCGGGUGGUCGAGUUCGGCAACAUGCAGACCAGCGGCGCCUCCGUCGUCGUCCACGCCGUCAUCUUCUUCGGCCUCGUCACCGUCUUCCUCGUCGUCAUCGGCGUCCACAUCUACACCGGAUAAUCGCUAGGUUAUAGUGAAAGUGCGUUGCCUUGCGAUCUGACGGGCUCUGCUCUUGUUAUUUUGGACAGGCGGGUAUCGGUGUUUGGUUUGCGGUUGGCGUUUCCCUUUCUCAUUCUCUCUGUCAGUGUCUGUACAAUUUAGUACUUGGCGGGUUCAUUGUAUCAUUGUUAGUGCUAUUG